UCCCUUCUGUUCUUAAUACAGUUUGUACCAAACUAGCAUCACUAUUUUUUUUUCUUUUCUUCAUUGACAUUCUAUAAAAUGAUCAUUAUAGCACGCCUUAUGUUGCUGCUUGCGUUGUUUCUUUCAUUCCUAACAAAUACUGGCCAAAUGGUAUUUGCAAAAGGGAACGAUAAUGUUAGAGAUGCUUGCAGUGUAACAAGGUAUCAAGACCUUUGUAUACACUCUCUAGCACAUUUCUCUAACACUGCGGGAAGAAGCCCCAGCAAGUGGGCACGUGCUGGAGUGUCAGUGACAAUUGGCGAGGUUAAGAAUGUUCUAACAUAUGUGACAAAAUUGAAGAGGAACGGAAGCAUGAAAGGAAGAAACAGAGUUGCCCUUUCAGAUUGUGUUGAGACUUUUGGCGAUGCUCUUGAUGAACUUCACAGAUCACUGGGUGUUCUGAGGAGGCUGAGCAAAAGCACAUUUAGUACCCAAAUGGGGGACCUCAAUACAUGGAUAAGUGCAGCACUCACUGACGAAGAUACUUGCCUUGACGGGUUUCAAGGCAAAACUCAAAGGCAAAUCAAAUUGCUCCAAAAUCGGGUUCAGAAUGUGUCUUACAUAACAAGUAACGCUCUAGCUCUCGUCAACAAACUUGCCACUACAGGUAUUGGAAGCAUCACUGAUCCAUAGAAGUUCUGAAAUGGGUAACAGAAAUUCUCUCUAAAUUAAGGAUAUAGAAAUAAGUUGUGAACAGGUGUCCUAUAGAUACUCUAUAAUAGUGGCUUUAUUUCUAAGAUAUAUGUAUACUUGUUUCUUUUAAAUCGUCCUGGAAAUGUGACAGAGAGAAGAAAUAAAGAAAGCCUAGCUAGGAUGAGAUGAGAUAUGUCUGGAUAUUGAGUUUGGUUCAACUUGCACUAUGGAUUGGAUGCUGCUUCCUCUUUGUAAAUAUGACAUGCAAUCCUAAAAGCUAU